AGGAGCUUUCGCAGUCGAAGAAUGUCUCUGCUGCGCUGGGAGGUGUUUGGGGUUCAUCCACAGAGGCUGAAUCCUCCAAAAGUUCGGCUCGAAUCUGGCGAGACGAGGUGAUUUCGCACCUCUCGGCGCCUCGUACUGUGCGCAUGGCAGGGGUUUUCCAAGUCGUGGAUGCCAGAGACUUUGCCAAGGAGGUGGCCGACUUGGUACCAGCUGAUUUGCGACCUGGCGACGAGGUCUUCAUUCACCAAAGGCUGACGAAUUUUGUAGCCAGUGUGGGCACUUGGCUGGCUCCAGAUGAUGCCCUUGUCCAAGAGGAGAUCUUUCGCGCCAACCCGACCCACUACGUGCUGGUGGUGGCCGAUAGCUCUCAGUUGACUCUGACCACAUCAGAGAGGUUCCUCCACAAAUUCUACGUUUCGCCCUUUGUUGCGCAACAGCGAAGGAACUUCCUGAAAGAGAAGCUACUCUACGAUGCAAGGAUUGCUGCUGCAAAGACUGGCGGCUCUCCGAAGAUCAGUGUACUCAUGGCGGACGCAGAACAAUUCUACCACGACUGGGAAUUUUGGAGGCAUUUGUGGGAGUGCACUGUGCAAAAGGACCUCCAGCGUGCCUGAAAAUA